AAUCAUUAAAAUUGAAAUAUACAGCAAAGCAAAAAAAAUUAAACAAAGAACCCAUAUUCUUUCUUCUUCUUCUUCUUCUUCUUCUCUCAUUCAUCGUCCGGGUUUUCAAUUUACCUGUCCGCCACAAUUAAACCCAGUUCUGCAGCUUCCAGCUUUUCAGGUUUCUCUACCUAGAUCGCGAUAGAGAGAAGACUCUCAGAUUCGAGAAGAGUUUCUUCUUUUUUUUUUGUUGAUUUUCAAUUUCUAGCUAGUUCGUCAAUCAAUUUCUUCUUCGGGAUUUGAUUAAUCCAUCCGUCGAUUUCUCGAUCCUUAAUUGAAGCGAAGAGGAAAUAAGUUACCUUUUCCGUUCAAAUUUUCUAUUAUCGUUUUAUAUUUCUCGUAGACGUAGAAGUUGUUGAGGGAGGAGACAUGGCAAUUCUUUACGCGCUGGUGGCGCGUGGAUCGGUGGUGCUAGCAGAGUUCAGUGCUACGUCGACGAAUGCUGGAGCGAUAGCUAAGCAGAUUCUGGAGAAGAUUCCAGGCACUAACGACAGCCACGUUUCAUAUUCUCAGGACCGGUUCAUCUUCCACGUUAAGCGCACCGAUGGCCUCACGGUUCUCUGUAUGGCUGACGAUACUGCCGGGAGGAGAAUUCCAUUUGCAUUUCUGGAAGAUAUUCACCAGAGAUUUGUGAGGACAUAUGCCCGUGCAGUUCAUUCUGCCCAUGCUUAUGCCAUGAAUGAUGAAUUUUCAAGAGUUUUAAGCCAACAAAUGGAAUAUUAUUCCAAUGAUCCAAAUGCAGAUAGGAUAAAUCGACUAAAGGGUGAAAUGAGUCAGGUCCGAAAUGUCAUGAUAGAGAAUAUUGACAAAGUAUUAGAGAGAGGUGAUCGCCUGGAAUUGCUGGUUGAUAAAACUGCUAAUAUGCAAGGAAAUACGUUUCGAUUCAGAAAGCAAGCUCGUCGUUUCAGAAACACAGUAUGGUGGCGAAAUGUCAAGCUCAUGGUUGCUCUGAUACUGUUGCUCGUGGUGGUUGUCUACAUUGUGCUGGCUUUUGUAUGCCAUGGGAUUACACUACCUUCCUGUCUUAAGUGAUGGCAAUUUAUGGAGUGAGAUUUGAAUGUCUUUGUUUCUUUUUUUUGUUUCCAGUUAUUUCGUAUUUUAAGAUUAUAACUCCCUCUAUCGUGAACUGGAAUCACUAUUUUGUCCAUGAAAUGUGAAGUUCAAAUAUGUUUCUGGUUUUGCUGUGCAUUUGUAUUAUUCUCUAUCAUGGAGACUUCAACAGUUUGAUGUUACCUAGUUUUGAAGGUGCAACUUGAUGAUGAGUUGAUGUUUAUAAGAAGUAUGUGAUCUUUUGGCGUAUGCUAAUCAA